AUGUUGCCACAAGCACUUCUUCUGGUGAUCCUUAUGAACAUUAAUGUUGCAUCAACGUCCAAUAUCAUCAAAACCCUACCCGGCUUUCGCGGGGACCUCCCCUUCAAACUUGAAACUGGGUACGUGGGAGUGGGCGCCAUGGAUGCUGUGCAGCUAUUUUAUUACUUCUUUGAGUCUGAAGGGAGUCCAGAGUAUGAUCCUCUUGUUCUUUGGCUCAAUGAGGGACCUGGUUGUUCUACCUUCUUUGGCUUUGUAUAUGAAAAUUUAGGUCCACUAUCCUUUGACUACUUAAAUUCCAUUGGCAACAAGCCAAAAUUAAAGCUGAAUCCAUACUCACGGACAAAGGUGGGAGACUUCAGUUGCCUUCUAGGUGUUUGUGUUUAUGUCUUUAUGAACCUGUGGGCACUGGAUUCUCAUAUGCAAAAACUCAAUAUCAGUGACACAUUAUCAGCUGUACAAACCUAUGAAUUUCUUAGAAAGUGGCUUAUGGAUCAGCCCAAGUUCUACAAUAACCCACUUUAUAUUGCUGGAGAUUCUUAUUCAGGCAUAACUCUUCCUAUUGUAGUUCAGGAAAUAUCUGAUGGUAAUCGAGAUGAACAUUUGCCACCAAUGAAUCUCAAAGGAUAUGUGAUUGGAAAUCCAGUGACAGAUACUCAAAUAGAUAGGAAUUACAGAGUGCUAUUUGCUUAUCUAAAAGCACUUAUACCAGAGGAACUGUACCAGUCAAUGAAAAGAAACUGCAAGGGAGAAUACAUGAAUGUAGAUCUAAACAACACGUUAUGUGUGGAUGAUCUUGAAGUUUACAACGAGUGUAUUGAAGACAUACACCUUGAACAGAUAUUGGAACCUGUCUGUUCUGUAUCAUUGCCAAAAUCAGCGGGGUCAAAGUGGUUUGCAGAAUAUCUUGUUAACAAGGAUUCAGCAAAUCUUCUCCUUUCUUUUCCUCAACUUCGUAGGCCAUGGUGUCGGAGUUACAAUGAUCUCCUCUCUUAUAUUUGGGCAAAUGACAGAACUGUUCAAGAUGCUCUUCAUAUUCGGGAGAGAAGCAUUAAGGAAUGGGAGAUAUGCAAUAAGACCUUACAAGACUUGUAUAUAUCUGAUGUUUCCUCUAGUCUUGUCUAUCAUGAGAACCUCAUAAAACAAGGCUAUAGAGUUCUGAUUUACAGUGGUGAUCAUGACAUGAAUAUUCCAUAUGUGUCUACUAUGGGUUGGAUUGAAUCUCUGAACUUGACUGUCGACAGUCGUUGGAAGCCAUGGUUCCUCCACGAACAGGUUGCAGGGGAGCCGGUCACACAGCUCCAGAGUACAAGCCUGAAGAAUGUUGUUGAUGCUCAAAAUGGUUAG